AAAAAAAAAAAAAGGAAAAAAGUUAAUAAUAAGUAAAGAACAAUGCCGGCAACUAAAACAACCUACGACACAAUUGCCAUCGUUCUCACCGUCGCCGUCGUCAUCGCUACCACAUGCGGCGGCGGAAACCCUACUAUUACAGCCUACGAACUCCUCCAGUCUUAUGACUUCCCGGUGGGCAUCCUUCCAGAAGGCGUAACCCACUACGAUCUCGAUAAAACGACAGGAAAAUUCAAUGCGUAUUUUAAGGGUUCCUGCAGUUUCUCCCUCGAAGGCUCGUACCAACUAAAGUACAGCUCUAAGAUCAGUGGAUACAUCUCUAAAGGAAAGUUGACCGGCCUUUCUGGAGUCAGUGUUAAAGUGUUUUUUCUUUGGCUUGAUAUUGUGGAGGCUGUGAGGAAUGGGGAUAAUCUUGAAUUUUCUGUUGGAAUUGCAUCUGCGAAUUUUUCGAUUGAUAAUUUCUAUGAGAGCCCGCAAUGUGGGUGUGGAUUGAAUUGCAAAGCUGUUUAUAAGAAUUUACCAAAAGGGAAUUUUAGAAGCAAUCCAUUUUCUUCUUCAAUCUGGCAGAUCUGCCGAGGUUGUGAGAAGCGAGGAUCAUCUCGAAUCUUCUGUUAGGAUUGCAUGUACAGUUUUUCUGGAUUAAUUUCUACAAGUGCUGACAUUGUGGGCGUCCAUCGGAUUGCAAAGUUGUUUAUAAGACAAAAGAGGAAGUUUUAAUAUUAAUGCAUUCGCUUCUUCAAUCUAGCAGAGGCCAGUUGGAUUCGUGUUUUCAAAGAUUUUAACUUUUUUCCAUUUGUUUUAUUUGUGAUUAUUAUGUUAUUCACCUGUUCUCGAGGCGUAUAAUCUUGAAUUAUUUACCCGUGAUGUGAGUUCCUUAUUAUGUUCUUGAUUCAUUUAUUGCGGUUCAUGAUCCCAUUUUCCCCCUCCAAUUCAUUUGAGAUUAAUUAUGUUGUUCACUAGUGUUUGAGGUGCAUGAUAUGGAACUUUAUUCA